UUCCGCUUCCUGUCUCUCCUUUUCCCAACAUGGUGGAUGAGGCCACUCGCCGGGCGGUGUCGGAGAUUCCGCUUCUGAAGACCGGAGCGAGUCCCAGGGACAAGGAGCUGUGGGUGCAGCGGCUGAAGGAGGAGUACCAGGCGCUCAUUAAGUAUGUGGAGAAUAACAAGAAAGCAGACAAUGACUGGUUCCGACUGGAGUCCAACAAGGAGGGCACCAGGUGGUUUGGAAAGUGCUGGUACAUUCACGAGCUCCUGAAAUACGAGUUUGACGUUGAGUUUGAUAUCCCGGUGACGUAUCCCGCCACAGCUCCUGAGAUCGCCAUUCCAGAACUAGACGGGAAGACAGCGAAAAUGUACAGAGGAGGAAAAAUCUGUCUGACCGAGCACUUCAAGCCGCUCUGGGCACGGAACGUCCCGAAAUUUGGCAUAGCCCAACUCAUGGCUUUGGGGCUAGGGCCGUGGCUGGCGGUGGAGAUACCUGAUCUGAUCAGCAAGGGAUUGGUGAAACACAAAGACGACUGAGAGCGCAGUUGUAACAUGGUGCCGCCUCAUGUGACUGCGACAAGGGACCCUCCCAUGUCUACACCCCUCCACAUCCUAUGUGUCGCUUACUGAACUCACCAGCGUGACAUAGAGGUGCAGACGUUUACCUAGUGCCGUUUUGCGGCCAUCCACAUUCGGCAUAAUAAACGUUGUGAAACAGA